CAAAGACAGCUGUUAACCUUCUUGACUCUUGUUCAAUCAAUAAUAUUCUGUUUCUGUCAAGGCUUUUUUCAAAAUAGAAAAUAAAGUUUAAAAUGAUCAUAGUAGGUAUUUUAGUUUUUGAUUCGGAUAUUUAACUUUUACGAGUCGGCCAUGGAUUACUUCUACCAAUUUUAUAACUGGCUGUUCAAGAGGGAACAUACGGGAAAGUCCACUGCUGAAGCCAGGCAGUACAGAGUGGUCGCCACAACUCAGGCUCAGGAGGAUGCCUUCGAUAUAGUCGCUGCCAAGGGACCAGGGAAGUACUCAGGGUUCCUCGGCACAAUAGCUCAUCUGGUAAAGGGAGCUCUAGGCGCGGGCAUCAUGAGCGGACAUGUGGGCUUCAUGAAGGGCGGCCUGUACCCCUCACUCGUCACCUCCUUCAUAGCCGGCUCCUACAUCGGGUACUGUCUUUAUAAACUGAUGUCUUCCGCCCAGAUUAUCUACAAGAGGACAAACAUACCGGAAAUGAACUAUCCCGACAUAGCCGAAGCGGCCACGGCAAUCUUUCCUAAUCCUAAGGUUCAGAGGUUUUCAGUGUUUUUUAGGCAUUAUCUGGACGUGAUAAUUUGCAUGGAGCUGUUUGGAGCAUGUGCGUGCUACCAACUCAUCAUCGCCAGGACCAUGAAACAGUUGAUAGAGGACACUGCUUCUUUUACGAUGGAUAUACGGCUAUAUUUGGUGAUUAUAAUUAUACCGAUCUUGCUCAUUUGCAUGGUGACAAAUUUGAAGUCUCUGGCGCCGCUGUCGAUUGUUGGGAACCUUUUCGUAUUGGCCUGCCUAGCGCUGACCAUCCGCUACGCGGUCCAGCUCAACCCCUCGUUUACCGGGAUGCGGGCUACAACGAGCCUGUGGAGCUACCUGGAGUUCCUCGGCAUGAGUAUCUUCAGUAUGUCCUGUGCCGGCGUCGUGGUCCCCGUCAGUAAUAAUAUGAAACAGCCUGAGAAGUUCGGCUUUGUCAUGGUUAUUGGAAUGGGAACUAUAACGGCUCUUUACAUAUUGAUAUCGUUUUUCGGCUACGCGGCCUACAAGGAUGGCUGCGUGACGCCUAUUACAUUGAACUUCCCUUUGGAAAUCGGUCCAAAUAUUCUGAAAGGUUUAAUAGCUGUAAUGGUCUACAUAACCCACGGGCUGAAUUUCUAUCAACCAUUCCACAUUGUCUGGUUCUACAUAAAGCCAAGAGUUGCGAACAAGUGUAAACUGUCUAUUUAUAAGUGGGAGUUGAUAUUCAGAUGUGUGUUUGCACUGCUGGUGUCCGUCAUUGCUAUAGUUUUUCCGCAAAUCAACAAUUUGAUGGGUUUUUUGGGUGCGUUUUGCCUGUCAAACAUGGCGCUGAUAUGUCCUUCCAUCAUUGAACUGCUCGUCAUCUGGCAUCGGCCAGGCUUGGGCCGGUUUAAGUGGAGACUUUGGAAGUGCGCCACCCUAAUAGUGGUGGGCUUCGCGGUCUUGUUUGUGUCUUCCGGUGUCAAUUUAUACUCGCUGGUCGUACCAGCGAAAGCGAAAGAGACUGCGACCACUGCCGCCCCGCCGCCACCUGCUAGUUAAAUAAUAUCUAAAUAGUAAAUAUUCUUGCUUAGAAUGUUUUACGUUUGUUACGAGAAAAUUAAACGAUCUGGAAGUAUAA